CGGUCGCCGCGCCCCCGCGGGACUGGAGCGCCGGGGAGGGGGCCCCGCGGGCCCGGGUCCCCGCAGCCCGCGCGUCCGCGCUAUUGGCAGAGCCGCGGGCGGGGGAGGGUCCCCCCUCCGGGGGGGCGAAUGGUACAGUCCUCCGCCCGCGCCCCGCCGCCCGCCGAGCCCCGAGCCGAGCGGGGAGGCGGCGAUGGAGGGCGUCAGCAGCCACCGCACCCUGUCCUACAGCCGCUGGAGCUACGACAGUGUCUUAGAUGAUGAAGGGAGCAAUCUGAGGCAGCAGAAGCUUGACCGGCAGCGGGCGCUGCUGGAGCAGAAGCAGAAGAAGAAGCGCCAGGAGCCCCUGAUGGUGCAGGCCAACGCUGAUGGCGCAGGGCGGCCCCGCAGCCGGCGGGCUCGGCACUCGGAGGAGCAGGCGCCCCUGGUGGAGUCCUACCUCAGCAGCGGGGGCGGCACCAGCUACCAAGUCCAAGAGGCCGACUCCCUUGGCAGUGGCCGCCCGUCAGCACCAGCCACGGCCCCAAGAAGCAAGGCGGCGGCGGGGGGCCAGGGCGGGGCCCCUAGGAAGGAGAAGAAGGGGAAGCACAAAGGCGCCCGCGGGCCAGCAGCGCUGGCAGAAGACAAGGGUGAGUCCCGCACCCCAGUGCAGAUCCUGACUGUGGGCCGCUCAGACCAUGCCCAGGACGCGGGGGAGCCAGCAGCCGGAGGGGGCGCACAGCCCGGCGCGCAGGACCUCCGUGCCACGAUGCAGAGGAAGGGCAUCUCCAGCAGCAUGAGCUUCGAGGAGGAGGAGGAGGAAGAGAACAGCUCCAGCUCCUCCCAGCUCAACACCAACACCCGCCCCAGCUCCGCCACCAGCCGCAAGUCUGUGGUCAGGGAGGCCGCCUCGGCCCCCAGCCCGACAGCCCCUGAGCCGCCAGCAGAGGUGGAGGUCCAGGACCUGGAGGAGUUUGCAGUGCGACCGGCACCCCAGGGCAUCACCGUCAAGUGCCGCAUCACGCGGGACAAGAAGGGCAUGGACCGCGGCAUGUACCCCACCUACUUCCUGCACCUGGACCGGGAGGACGGGAAGAAGGUCUUCCUCCUGGCUGGAAGGAAGAGAAAGAAGAGCAAAACUUCCAAUUACCUCAUCUCUGUGGACCCCACGGACUUGUCUCGAGGAGGGGACAGCUACAUCGGAAAACUGCGGUCCAACCUCAUGGGCACCAAGUUCACUGUUUACGACAAUGGAGUCAACCCUCAGAAGGCCUCGUCCUCCACUCUGGAGAGCGGAACCUUGCGCCAGGAGCUGGCGGCCGUGUGCUACGAGACAAACGUCCUGGGUUUCAAGGGCCCCCGGAAGAUGAGCGUGAUUGUGCCGGGCAUGAACAUGGUUCAUGAGAGAGUCUCCAUCCGACCCCGAAACGAGCACGAGACGCUGCUGGCGCGCUGGCAGAACAAGAACACGGAGAGUAUCAUCGAGCUGCAGAACAAGACACCUGUGUGGAACGACGACACCCAGUCCUACGUGCUCAACUUCCAUGGGCGUGUCACGCAGGCCUCCGUGAAGAACUUCCAGAUCAUCCACGGCAAUGACCCCGACUACAUCGUGAUGCAGUUCGGCCGCGUGGCGGAGGAUGUGUUCACCAUGGAUUACAACUACCCGCUGUGCGCUCUGCAGGCCUUUGCCAUCGCCCUGUCGAGCUUCGACAGCAAGCUGGCGUGCGAGUAGAGGCCGUCGGGUGCCCUUGGGGAUCGCCUGGCCCGCUGCAGGGCUGCCCGCCUCCCCAUGGAGAUGGCCCCGCCAGCCUUCUGUACAUAGGCCUCCUGCAGAU